CCGCUUUUCCCGCGUCUCGCCGCCAGCUCGCCGGAGGGUCUCCCAGGGUCGAGGGUCCUGCCCCUGCCCGGCUCCGAGUGCCACCUCUUCGGCUACCGACAUCUGCAUUCCCCGGCGUGCAUGGAGCAACAUCUCUAGAGAUAGUAUCUCGUCCUCUAUCUCGGCGCUAUCAAGGGUUCUUUUCCUCGUUUAAGUGGUGGUUCUGAAGGAUGCUGACUGCGUGGGUCGCUCCAGGGUCCUGGUGAAGUGUCUCAUGUGCCACGUGGAGAAAGAAUGGCCCACGGUAUGCCGUCACAAGGCAAAGUGACCAUCUCGGUGGACGAGUACAGCUCCAACCCCACGCAGGCCUUCACCCACUACAACAUUAACCAGAGCCGCUUUCAACCGCCACACGUGCACAUGGUGGACCCCAUCUCGUACGACACUCCCAAGCCGGGUGGCCACACGCGUUUUGUGUGCGUGUCGGACACACACUCACGGACAGAUGGCAUCCAGAUGCCUUACGGGGACGUUCUCCUACACACGGGGGACUUCACCGAGCUGGGCCUGCCCUCGGAGGUCAAGAAGUUUAACGACUGGUUAGGCGGCCUGCCGUACGAGUUUAAAGUGGUGAUCGCGGGGAAUCACGAGCUCACCUUCGAUAAGGAUUUCAUGACGGAGCUGGUCAAGCAGGAUUACUAUCGCUUUCCCUCCGUGUCCAAGUUGAAACCCGAGGACUUUGACAAUGUUCAGUCUCUCCUGACAAACUGUGUUUACCUGCAGGACUCUGACGUCACCGUCAAGGGCUUUCGAAUAUACGGCACACCAUGGACGCCGUGGUUUAAUGGCUGGGGUUUUAACCUGCCCAGGGGACAGUCCCUGCUCGAUAAGUGGAACCUCAUCCCGGAGGGCAUUGAUAUUCUCAUGACCCACGGGCCGCCCCUCGGUUUUAGGGACUGGGUACCGAAGGAGCUGCAAAGAGUUGGGUGUGUUGAGCUGUUAAACACAGUCCAGAGGAGAGUCCGGCCCAAACUCCACGUCUUCGGAGGAAUUCAUGAAGGUUACGGCAUUAUGACAGACGGGUACACGACAUUCAUCAACGCCUCUACCUGUACAGUCAGCUUUCAACCCACCAACCCUCCCAUCGUGUUCGACCUCCCGAACCCCCCCCAGCUCUUGAGACGCCCGCGAGCGUCGCCAUACUCUCCUCUCCUCCUUAUGUUUUCUAACAAUACUUUGAACGAAAAAAAUAGUUGAAUGUUCCUUUUAAAAUCGCCAGUCUUUUGCUAAAAGAUUCAGUGGAAGUUUCCGAUGACGGACGGGGUCACGCAGGUGUCGCGUACAGAAGUGGUGAACAAUCUUAUGAAAAGAUCGGAUGAAAUCUGUAAGAUAAUAAGCUUUGUGAAUUUGUAAAAUUGCGUCUCUUUUUUGUCAAUAUUGGAAGUAUGUUGGUAUGGGAUGCCAUUGUUCAUUUUGUAUAUUCUUUUUCAGGAUAAUUAAGCUUUCUUUUAGCUGACAGGGAUAAUGCCUUAAACUAGCUUUAAGUUCCCCCGGCUGGAGCCCCCUUCUUUCUGCUAGCGAAGAGAAAGCGUCCUAUUUAUUGUUUUUAUCCAAAACUAAAGGGGAUUUCUCUCUUUUUUUGCAUUCAAAGAACACUUUCUUACAAGCGCAGGGAAGACAUGGAUGCAUUUUAACUCAUGUAUAUUCUGGAGCGCCUCACUCUGCAUAGAAAUUGGAAAAUGUCUUAAAAUAUGACUAUAUCUAUAUGUAUGUGUGUACGCUGUAAAAUCUCUAACUAAAAUUGUGUUUGUUCUAAGCCUCUUGAAGAAUAUCAUUUUGCCUGUAAGUGAUGAUGACUUAAAUGUGCAUAAGCGCACACAUGCUCUUUUCUGUUUUCAUGAAAUGUUCCUCUGAAGCUCAUUCAGUGUUGCCUACUUUAUGGCAUAUUGUUCCAUACAAUAAACGAGUAUUCGAGUUGAAAUUAUUUUAAUGUACAAUCUCAAAGGUUGUAUUUUUGUUCUUCGAACCUGACAAAACCAGGUUUAGUUGUCCUUUGAUAUCUCGCUUAUGAUAGUUUUUGUUUUUCUCUUCUUCUUUUUUUUGUUAUUUUGCACUGUGUAAAU